AUGGGAUUUCUUAACCUUCUUCUCUGCGCCAGCGCAGUCAGCGCUUACACUGUGGUUAACGUGGACCGGUUCAUGCUCAAGAAUAUUGAUCCUGUUGUCGUUCCCGGUCAAUAUGCGAGCCACAUGCAUACGUUCUUUGGGUCCGACGCCGUCACCGUGAACACCACGACCUCCAAGGAGCUCCAGGCGGGUUGCUCUACUGCGGAAAACCCCAACGACUACUCUUCUUACUGGGUCCCAACCCUCUACUACAGAAACGAGACCGGUGCCUUCCGAGCUCCGAUGUUCCGCUUCAGCGCGUACUAUGUCCAGAUCAACGCCGCCGAAGUCGCCAUUCCCCAGAACUAUAAGGCUGUCGUGGGCAACGCCUCGGCCACCAAGCAAGACGACGUCGAGCCUCUAGCCGGAAUCCAGUGGUUCUGCGACCACGGCGGUCAGGGCACUAACGACGGAAAAGACGCAGCUGAGUUCCCGACAAAGGGCUGCCCGGCCCACCUUCAGACCAUCCUCCUCUUCCACGAUUGCGUCAACGAAGAGACUCUCGAGUCGACGUAUUCCGGAACGCAGCACUGGACCAAGACCUUCAAGCCUGAGAACCGCUGCCCUCUGGGAAUGAAGAGAAUGCCGCAGCUGAGAUUCAGCAUCCGGUAUGAUUUGAGGAGCGUGCUGCCUGAUGGUUGGGACGGCCCUGCGCCUCUGGAGUUGGCUUGCGGAUCGUCUUACUGCACGCAUGGCGACUUCAUCAACGGCUGGCUGCCUGAGGCUGCGGAGAAUAUGCUGAAGGCCAAUGAUAAGAGAGACUUCGCGGGUGUGGAUGGGCCGAACGGCAAGUACAACGCUGGUACCGUUUGCAAGACGACUGCGGAGGAUGCAGACCCGGAGAAUGGCACCUCUGACUACGCUGAGAGCAAGAAAAUUUUGCAAAGCCUUGCUUGA